UAUGACCGCUUCUUCAUUUGUUCAUGUGUUACCGUAAUAAUUUUUUACUUGAAAAGGAAAAUUGAGUAACAGUGUUAAGUGUAUUGCUUUCCACCCUUCACCUAGUACCAAAAACUACUUACCUAGGGCAGAGUCGGUUUUAUGUGCAUAAGAUGGAAUGUGACAAUGUAAAAAAAAAAAGAACUCGCGCACAGUGAAAGUGCCAGAGACAUGUUGACUUUAGUGGGAAGCUGGUCAUGUUAGCAAACAUUGCGCAUGGCCUGUCAUGCUACUCCAGGCGUUGAGCGAAAGAUAUGAUACAGAGAGUGAUCACGGAAAGAUAUUGACGGCACAAAGACACAAGCUGCACAGGUAUUUCAGCACUGUUGAGUCUAUGCUGGAUAGAGCCAGUGUGAGUAUUGCCUGUCGAAUGCGUUUGCAUUAUUAAGAGUGGAAGGAAGUGUGGGAAGCAGGUAAAUUGGUACAGGUAGGUCACGUGACACACAUAUAUAUAUAUAUAUCACGUGGUCACAUACGUGACCACCGGCAGUUGCGCUCCGCACUUUGAAGAGGCAGGACACGUGUGCCGAGUGAGCUCCUGAGCAACACAUUUGCAAUGUGGUGAACGCGGUUUAAAUGACUAAUCUGGGACCUCAAGAAGGUGCGAAGUAAUGCUAACGCAUUCUCUCGCAUUUACAAUUAAAUCACCACUGCACCAUUCUUUUUUUUUUUUCACUACACGCGAGCGCACACGUUUUCCAAACUCUGGCAACGCGCGGGAAGGCUCGCUGUAGAUGCAGAGGCCAGGAGCGAAGGCUUUCAACCUUCUCAUACCCCCUCUCACUUGGUAUUCCUCGUCGCGCAGCGACUGCCGCACGCAUCACCUCUCCGCGCAUCCUCUCCUCCCCCCCUCUCUCUCCUCUUCCACGCCGCUCCUAAGCGCCGCUCAGCAGCGCUCUUAUCGGCUCGUCGGCUCGGCAGCCAAACAGUCUCUCCUCGAGCAGACGACGCGGUCGCGGCACCGUCUAUCACGAGGAAGAAAAAAAGUAUUUUCUUUGUUUGCACGCUCCUUUCUUUCUCGGAAUUAUUAUUAUUUUAAUUAUGUUCACGUCUCGUCAUUGCGCUUGUAACCUGCGCAAGUGUCUCGGUGUGCCUGAAUUGUGUCUGUUCUGCAUCGGCAUCGACGACUCGCCACUCCCUGUUCUUCUUUAGUGCGAACAAGUAUAGCUUGUAUAACGUGGUCCUGUUCCACGCCUUCGUCGUAUUUGCCUGGGAUAUUGCAGCUCAGGAAGCACGUCGCUUCUUCGGCAUCUGUCGCCGACGUGUCCGACUUUUGCGUGGUUGCCAAUUCCUCUCGCCUAGCAAAACGUUUUUUGUCUUCUCUGCACUACUUCACUGUCAUGCCUUCUGCACUUACCCUCCUGGUAGCGGCCUGGCUUCUAGCGAUAAGCCGUGUGGGUUCGGAUGACCCGGUGCCUGACCUCUGCAAUCUCAUUGACCAGCCCAUGUACUGUCGUUGCGACGCCAGCGAUGCGGACGAAGUGACCGACGUCACGUGUUACGUAGGACGAAAGCUGCCGGAUGACCAUGUUGUUUUUCGAUCGUUCGAACGGCAACCGAGUGUCACUUCUGUAGCAUUCACUGCCUUUGGUAGUGAGUAUAAGCUCGACUUUGUCCCGACGUUGGCAUUGCUCCACACACCGCACGUGGAGCGGCUGAAGGUCUCCCAAGCCGUGCUCGGGGACGUCAAGCCUCACUCUUUCCACAACCUCUCGCGUCUCGCCGUGCUCUCACUGGACUCGAACGAGAUUACGAGCUUGGACGCCGAGGCCAUCGCGGACCUUCCCCGCCUCAAGAAGCUCGAGCUCGGAGACAACAAGCUGAGGAGGCUGCGCGCCGGCUCCCUGAAGAACCUGCCCUCCCUGACGUACCUCUUCCUCGAGCGCAACCAGCUGGAGGUGAUCGACGACGGCGCCUUCGAGGAUCUGGGCGCCCUGCGCGAGCUGGAGCUGAGCGACAACGCCAUCGAGAAGCUGAGCGAGCAGAGCUUCCGCGGCCUGGGGCGCGUCGCGAGGCUCGACCUGUUCCGCAACAAGCUGACACGCCUCGAGGCCCGCGUGUUCGGCGGCAUGCCCCAGCUGGCCGAGCUGGACCUCAAGUACAACGCGCUGUCCGAGGUCGACCCGCUGGCCUUCGAAGGGCUGCCGCAGCUGACGGUUCUAUACAUGUCGUACAACCGACUGCGCGUGCUGCCCGCGCACAUGUUCCGCGGGGCUCCCAACCUUGUGUCCGUGGACCUGUCGCAGAACCAGCUGCUCACGCUUACCUGGAGGACGGUCCAGGACCUGGCGAAAAUCGACGCCGAGUCCUUCGACAUGAGCCUCACUGGCAACAAGUUCAGCUGCGACUGCCGGUUGGCCUGGAUUCUACACCUGGAGCGAGCCACGCGGCAUGCCAAGUUCCGGAGAGAACUGCGCCACGUCAAGUGCGAUUUCGAAGACGCCACUACGGCCAACGCGACCGGCGGCAGCAAAGUGGUCCGGCUGAGCCUCAAACAGCUGGGAUGCGCCGAGGACUACGAGCGUCCUGAAUUAGCCGAUCGACCUCUCACGACUGACACUCCCGAGUCCGCGCUGCCUUCAGCGCACCCUUACGACAACGAUUACGAAGACGUCAGCGAUGACGAGGCAGACGGCGACGAAAGCGUCGAGAACUCGCGCGAUUUUUCGCCGUACGACAGGCAGCACUCGCGAGAAGAGAUGCCUUCUGUAACAAAAGAAGUCGACGUCAUCCUGAGUCAGCAGAAAGCUCUUGAGAAAGACACGACCGUGUCGUCGAAUGGCCAUAAGGGUGCUCACGGCACGGCUGCAGAAACUGUGCCGCGCGAGGCCAUGACAGUGCGAAUUUUCAUUUUAUUGUUCUCUGUCUGUGCGCAAAACUUUUGCAGAUGAUGAGGUUGUGUCUGUCUCUGCAAAUUGUUUUUCCGAAAAGAUAAAAUAUAGCGCUUGGUGAAGA